GCGAAUAAUUGUUUAGCUCGCUCUUAUUUUUUCGUUAACGGCCUCUUGCUUAUACCAGAACAAACGAGUAGCAAGUUCAAAAAAUUAAAAAGGAAAAUGAUUCUCUUCUCAUAAAUCUCACCAGACCUCUAGGUUUACGAUGGAUUGCUCAAUCAGAUCGCUCCUCAAAUGGAAAUAGAUGGCUUCUUAUUGGACUAUCUGAACGCUUCUCAAUCUGCAUCUCACUGUUCUCUCACAGAUCGACCGAAAUCACCUUCACCUGUAAAUUGGAGUUGUCUCACAAAUCGACUGAUAUCUGCACACUGCAUCUCGCUGUUCUCACACUAUCUGCACGCCUCUCAUACUCGCUCUGAAGUUGUCUUCCAGGUAUUCUCUUUUACAAAUUGGAGUUCGUUGAUUCCUACUAAUCAACCUUUGGCUUGUAAUAUGAUAGUAGUAAAUUGGAGUUCGUUAAUUCCUACUAAUCACUUGGCUUAGAUAGCAUGUGACCUUUCAACAGGUUUGGUUAUAAUGAUGUUGUGGUUUAAUUUUAAACGGAGUAUUAGAAUUGAGGUCCAGUUCUAUUUUUCUAAGUAUUUUGAAACCUGUCGUAAGAUUGGUCCCAUUUUAAUGUGAGAUUUGCUAAAUUUUUGAUCGAAUAGUACAAAUAAGAGUGAACUUGAGAAUAUUACAAAUUGGGGUGAACUUGCAAAUGUCAGAUUUGCUAAAUUUAAUUACUAUUGAGAUUAAAGGGACCUCAUCACAAGUUCAAACAGCUGAGCAUAUUAUAUAGAUGUAAUCUACCUUCCUCACUAGUCACUAAGUCACUUUAAAACACCUUUAGCACCACUAUAAAAAGAUGCAUCACGAUUCUAACAGUUUGUUAUUUAACUUUGUAAGAAAAAUGAUACGUUUGCAUACUUUAUAAAGGAAACGCAGUAUAUAGCUUUUGGGGACACAACAAAUGAAUAUUCCUUUAUCAUUUAGUUCUCCUUUUCCCAAGCAUUUCAGAUAUUUUUAAGUUCAAAUUAAUGGGAAAACAUUAUAUAUGAAACUUUGUUUGGAUAUGAUAAGUCUACUUAUGCCUUUUGUUUUUAUUAAUAUGUUCAUAUUCAAGGUAUAGAUACCUUACUUAUUACUAUGCCCUCAGAAACUGUAAAACUAAGGGAAAAAGUGUUUUAAGAAACUGUAAAUUUUUCUAGUGUUCAUCCUUGCUAUUGAUGAUUUUUCUAGUACACUAGAUGGACAAGGAAUGGAUGAAAUCUGCGAGAUACAGUCCAGAAUACAUUAACGGUGUGGAGUAUUUUCUAAAUUAUGCAUAUGCGAGAGGAAAUCCCCAAGGAAAAGAGAUUUUGUGUCCAUGUAUUAAAUGUCAUAAUGCUUUAUGGAUGACAAGAGCAACCGUUUUUGAUCAUUUAAUAGCAUACGGAUUUGAAAGAGGUUAUAAUGUUUGGGUUCGUCAUGGCGAGGAGCCAAUAAACCCCAAGAACAUUGACGGCUAUUUGGAUGGUGAAGAUGAUGAAAUAGAUGAUAUUGAUGGACUACUGAAUGAUAGAUUUAGGGGCGUGGCAGAAGAACAAUAUGAAGAUAACGACAACCUCAAUGGUGAUGCUAAAAAGUUCUAUAGUCUUAUAGAAGAUUCCAAGCAAGAGUUGUUUCCGGGAUGUCAAAACUUCACUAAGCUAUCAUUCACGAUUAGACUGUACUUGUUGAAGUGUCUUUACAGUUGGAGCAAUGUAUCAUUCAACGCUCUUUUAGAGUUACUGAAAGAAGCUAUGCCUCAAUUGAAUAUUCCUGAUACAGUAGCUAAAACUAAAGGAAUGAUAAGAGACUUGGGCUUUGAUUAUAAAAAAAUUGAUGCUUGUCCGAAUGAUUGCAUGCUCUACUGGAAAGAACACGAGAAAGACACAUGCUGCUAUGUAUGUGGCGCUCUACGGUGGAUUGAAACUACAGAAGUCAAUUUUGAGGAAAAUACUAAGGCUCACAAAGUUUCAGCUAAAAUUUUGAGACACUUUCCAUUGAUUCCUAGACUGCAGCGGCUGUUUAUGUGUUCAAAGACAGCUACUUCAUUAAGGUGGCAUGAAGAAGAACGUGUGAAAGAUGGUAAAUUGAGACAUCCUGCUGAUGGGGAGGCAUGGAGAGAUUUUGAUAAACGCUAUCCAGAGUUUUCAAUGGAUUCACGUAACAUCCGACUUGGUUUAGCUAGUGAUGGAUUUAAUCCAUUUCGAACCAUGAGUCUAUCUCAUAGUAUAUGGCCAGUGGUAUUACUACCAUAUAACUUUCCUCCUUGGUGGUGCAUGCAAGCUGAUCAUGCCAUUCUCUCAUUAUUAAUUCCCGGACCACAAUCACCUGGAUAUAAUAUUGAUGUGUACCUCCAGCCGUUAAUUGAAGAAUUGAAGGUGUUGUGGGAUUUCGGAGUAGAAACGUAUGAUGCUUCUCUAAAUCAAACUUUCUAAUUGAGGGCAGCUCUCCUAUGGACUAUCAGUGACUUUCCAGGAUAUGCUAUGUUGAGUGGGUGGAGUACAAAAGGAAAAUUAGCUUGUCCUUGUUGUAAUUAUAACACAAACUCUACUUAUCUGAAGUAUAGCCGAAAGAUGUGCUACAUGGAUCAUCGUGUGUUUUUGCCUAUGGAUCAUAAAUAUAGAUCAAAUGUAAGGGACUUUAAUGGGAGGACAGAAUUUAGAUCUCCACCAGCUUUGUUGAAAGGAGAAGAGAUCUUUGAAUCCUUAAAAAACUUCAAAAAUGUAUUUGGCAAGACAAAAAAGAAGUGAAAGAAAAAGAAUCAUCCUAAUGAUCCAUGGAAGAGGAGAUCUAUUUUUUAUGAGCUAUCAUACUGGAAGCACAACACAUUACGUCAUAAUCUUGACGUGAUGCAUAUAGAGAAAAAUGUAUUUGAUAAUAUAAUUGGGACUUUGUUAGAUAUCCCAAAAAAGACAAAAGAUCAUGCAAGGGCUCGUUUUGAUUUAAAACACAUGGGUAUUAGAAAGAAGCUUCAACCAGAAGAGACAGAUGAAGGUAAAAGUCUCAAGCUUGCACCUGCAUGUUUUUCUAUGACUGCUGAUGAGAAAACAAUAUUUUGUGGAGUCUUAAAGGGAGCCAAAAUACCCGAUGGUUGUGCUUCUAAUAUUUCAAGAUGUGUUCAACUUGAUGACAAAAAGGUUACUGGUUACAAGACUCAUGAUGCACAUUUUAUGAUGCAUUACUUGCUUCAAGUAGCUGUGAGGAGUACCAUGCCAAAUCAAGUUGCCCACCCUUUAAUUCGUCUAUCUACUUUUUUUCGGUGUUUAUGUCAGAAAGUUAUUGACGUGAAUGAUUUGGAUAUUCUGCAAUCAGAGAUUGCAGAAACACUUUGUCAAUUUGAAACAAUUUUUCCCCCAAGUUUCUUUGAUGUUAUGGUUCAUUUGCCUAUACAUUUAGUGAAUGAGAUAAAAUUGGGUGGUCCAGUUCCAUUUCGGUGGAUGUAUUUCCCAGAAAGAUAUUUAGGUAGACUAAAAAGCUAUGUUCGUAAUAAAAGUCGUCCAGAAGGUUCUAUUGCUGAGGGAUACUUGGUUAAAGAAUGCUUGACAUUAUGCUCCCAAUAUUUGCACGGUAGUGUCGAGACACGACUUAACAGAAUUAAAAGGAAUGGUGAUAGAUGUGAGCCCAAUGAGAUUGGAAAUCCAAGCAUCUUUUCCAGCAUUGGUCAGCCUAUUGGAACAAAGAGAAACGACAAAGCUAUUUAUUUGGAUAGCAAGUCAAGGAGUCAAAUUCACCGCUACAUUUUAUUCAAUUGCGACGAAGUCCAGAAAUUUAUCAGGUGAAUUAAUCUUUUUGUAGGCUUUGAGUGCAUAAAUACUAAUCUGUUAAUUAUUUCAACUUUUUAUUUUGAUUGCAGGGAGCAUGAAAAUGAAUACUCAAAACAUAAAAGAAAAAAAUGGAACAAAUCAAAGACUCAAGGGAAAGAGUUCGUUGAAUGGUUCAAAAAACGUGUUCUAUUAAGCGAUGUAUCUGAACAAAUGAAGGAGUUAUCUAGAGGACCAAAUACAGUUGCAUGUCGUUUUUUUGGCUAUCUUAUUAAUGGAUUUAGAUUUCAUACAAAGCAACGUGAUGCACGGCGUAAAACCCAAAAUAGCGGUGUGACAUUGGUGUCAAUUGCUGAAAGCUUUGCAAGUACUAAAGAUAGAAAUCCAAUAACAGACUCGCUUACCUGCUAUGGAUCAAUUAUAGAAAUAAUUGAAGUAGAUUACUAUGGGCAUUUUAAGGCUGUGUUAUUUCGAUGUGAUUGGUUUGAAGUUGAAGAGGAUAAGUAUGGCUUGAUUUGUGUUCAUUUCAACAAGAGAUGUUUUCUGGAUGAUCCGUUUGUGCUCGCUUCUCAAGUGCAUCAAUGCUUCUACAUUCAAGACCCUUUUAAUGCAAAUAGGAAUUACGUCAUGAAGACCAUCUCAAGGGAUUUUCUUAAUAUCAAAGAACCAUCAGAUUCAAACUCUCAACAGUUUUAUCAAAGUGAACCAUCAGAUCAUCCAGUAAACCUAGCUACAAGUGAUGACAACAUUGAAUUCGAGUUGGUUAGGACAGACAUGCAACCGACAGUUGUUGAAAAUUCUUUGCAUUUAUUGAAUGCAACAGAAUCUGAAAAUGACUCUGAUUUAGAUGAAUCUCUUUUGGACUAGCUUUUUAGAGUGUCAUCGUACUCACAGUUGGAACAGUUUCUUUAAAAGACUUAUUUUAUAAUCUUGUGUGGCUAUAUUUUCUGUGGUCACAUAUUUUCUUACUUCUUAUAUUUAAUAUGGUAAAUUUUAUUUUAUUGUAUAUGAAGUAGUGUUGGUUACAUUUAUCUCUUAUGUAAAUGUAAUGAUGAAUGCCCUUGUAAAAAAAAUAAAAAUUGCAUUUGUCCAGCAUUAACAGUUGCAGGAAAAUGAACCAAGAGACUGGAUUUCAUCUUGGUUCUCAAGUUGAUACCAGUGCUGAUCUACUUCGAAAGUAUAAACUUAAGGCAGAAAGCAUUACUGCUUCCAGAGAAAGAAAGGGAAAUGCUGCUAGUAAACAAGUGCAGAAAAAUUUAAUGUUUAAUAAAGCAAAUGCUCAGGUUAUCAAAAAUAAAGGGGGUGUUUCAAAUGUAACUCAACAAGGAGAAAAUGUUACAGCUGCAAGACAAAGCAAGAGAAGUGCAUCAGAACAAAAAAUAAACAAAGGUUUUAAUGUUAACCGAGCAAAACCUCAGAUUAUAAACAACACUAGAGGUGAUUCAAAUCCAAGUGAGCAAGGUAUGAGUCUAAAUUGUGGAAGUAUUCAAAAGUCAGUGCAAAAGGAGAUUGAUCAGGGGAGCUCUCACUUAGGAACAAUCCCAAUACAAAAGAAAAAGCAUGAUCAAAAUAAACAAUUCUUGAACACUAGAGUUGCAGCUAAGAAAUUGGGUCAUAUUCAAGUUCCUUGUGUAAAGAAACCUGGGAAAUCUACAAUCAGGGGCCAAUUGAACCAAUUCAAAAGCUUCACGAUAACAACAAAGAAUUCUGCCGUAACAAUAAUCCUAAGCGACAACUAAGGACAUCAAUGACACAUGAAGUUCAAGAAAUACCAGAAGAACAAUUCUUUAAGAAGAAGAAACUGAAUCCAAAAUUUUCUGUGAUGUCACUUGAUGAGUUCAUCAGUGUGAAUAAGAAACAACAUGAGAUAGAUGAAAUCGGAUCUGAAUAUGAGGAAGAAAAUGACAUGGAUGUGGAAGUUGAAAGAGACAUUAACCAUGAAAGCAAUGAGGGUAUGGAAGAAAAUGGUCAUACGGGUGCAACCUCAAUAAGAAAACGAGGAAAGACACUAUGUCUAAAAAUUCAUGCACGAAGCCUUGAAGAUAGAAAGGAAAUCAUUCUAAAUGCAGAAGGGCAACCUAUUGGUCCUGAUGAAAAGACUCUAUCUGAACUGAGCAGUUUUUUGGGAACAAUAACAAGAAGUGCAGAUUUGUGUCCUCUUAUAUAUACUAAUUGGAAGGCUGUGAACAAAGGACCUAUAUGGGCUUAUGUUAAUGUAUUAACUUAUCUAUUAUUUCUUCAGAAUUAUCCAUUUAGAUCUCUGAAAAAUGUUUUGAAUGUGUUCCCGAUCGAAUUUUUAGCUGAAAUUUGGUAUGAGUAAUCUAGACUUGAUGAAUAAGAUGCUCAAAAAAUUUCAUCAAAAAAUUCCACCGGGAACCGCACUUAAUCGCGGCGGCCGGACAAAAUCUCCUAUAGAAGGACUUAAUUGACUUUUUUAUGAAAGUUCGAGGACCUAUUUGACAGU